AUGGCGCUUACAGAGCAGGUGGCCGGAUGGACCGCGGAGGCGUUCCGCACGUUGGAAACCGCGCGGCAGAUCUCGGCCCUGGCACAUGCCAGCUUGGGUGCUUCCAGCGACACGUUGACCGGCGAAAUGCCGGCGAAAAUCGCCGAGGCCGUUGCCGCUUUUGAAAAGCUGCUGAGGCAGCAUGCGCUGCUUGUGCAGAUAGCCAAGAAUGUGCAGGCAGACGUGCUCCGGUGCACGGACGGCCACGACAAGAAAGUGAGCGGGAUUUUGCAGCCGGCGCUCCGGGACUUGGACGCGGUUUUGGCCACUUUGCAUGGGAUCUCGGUGCCCCUGUUCCUCGUGAAAACCGCCGCCAGCGACCGGCAGACCGCGCACCGCCUCGACGACUUUGUGGCGCUGGCCGACAUCGGCAGCUUGAAGACCAACAUCGACAUCUACCUCUCCAACUGCGCCAAGGUCGGUUGCCUUCUACAAAAACAGGUCAGCGGCCUCCUCGACAACUUGGGCCUGAAAACGGCCGACUUCAAGCAGCUCGCGGCGGCCUACGAUGCCCAAGUGCUUCCCGUGAAGCCGCUCGUGAAAUACGCGUCUGCAGAGGUGCCCCUCAACAAGGGCCCCGAGACCCUCGUGGCCACGAUCUUGAAAGAGAACAGCGCGUUGGGGCUGGAGCUCUCGGCGCUUUUGGAAAUGCUCACCAAGCACUACGACCAGUGCACGCUAGCGUCCAGCUGCGUCGACGGCGCACGUGACGAGCCGGUGGACUUGGACGUGUUGCGGGGCGACACCCUCGAGUUGCCGUCCGUGCUCGCCGAAAUCAGGGCCAUCUACGACAUCAUCUUGCACAACGGGCGGCGCGCGGCGGCGUUCUCCGCACAGAAAAUCCCGCCGUUGGCCGCGUUCUGCGACCGGUGCCGCGUGUUUCUGGCGGCGUGCUCGGACUUCCAGGACAAUGACGUCACCGAGCUUCUUCUUGUGCUUGUGCACAGCCAGACCGUGUACAGCCGAAGCUCGCUUCCCGCAGCCCCGGCCGAAAGCGCCGGGAAACUGCCCUCCAAGGAGUCGCCUGUGGAGGGCUAUGCCCACAUGGUGCGGGCGCUCGGUGACCACUACCACCACUUCUGCUCCGUGUACCAGCUGCAGUACCUCAGCGAGCUCCACUACGAGAAAUUCGUGUAUCCGCGCAAGUAUUUCAAGCUCUUGGACGAGUAUCUCAACGGGCAGCUCCUCCGGUUCGAGAACGAGGAGCGCGACCGGCGCCGCGAGUGGCUCCGGCGCUACGGCGACUUCAUCCCGGCCGAUUUCUACUUGCCGGGCGAGGCGGACCAGCCCCACGUGACGCAGGUGGCCAGCGAAGGCUUGGACCACUUGGAGACGCCCUCUGCGCAGGACGACGAGGACCGCCUUGUGCGCUUGCUCAAGGAGACACAGCUCCUGCAAGAGAAGUGA